CGCUAUUUCGGGAUAAAGGGUAGAGUCAAUUACCCAAUGUGGCAAGUUCGGAGUAAACAGAGCAAUAGAAACGUUGCCUGUCUGUUCGCUCGUUUGGCCCCUUGCAUUCCAGAACUCGCCUUCUCCCUUCCCCAAAUCUGCGGGUAUCGAUUGCAUCGCCUCGGGCUAUUACGCGGACGGCUCUCCUCAAUAGUCCACCAAGGCCAUUGGACAGUAGUCGCCGCACAUUGCGACAGUUAUUAUUGUAAUAUUUUGAAACACAGCGUUGUAUGGAUGGGAGCCCGUUCCUGAAAAUAAAGUUUGCUUGCUCCGCAAAAGCUAGACCUGGUAGCCCAAAGCUGGAGUUCAAAGUGGCAAUUCACAGUGGAGCACGGAGUUUAUGACCCACACAGCAGCCCACUGCUGCCAGCUCUUCUUGCACGCUUCUGCCCCCAGUUAGUACCACCCGCUGCCCGCAGUUUUGGCCCGGCACCAAUGUGCGAGCUGAGGACACGGAAAUU